GUUGCUAGGUUAGGGUAGUGUUUAUUAUAGCGCAAGGAUGAAUCAAGCGAACGUUGAAAAACUAGUGUCCAAAUUGAAAUUUAAUAUCAGACCGAAUGCACGGCGGAUGAGAAAUCCGGACGGGCCGGAGGGACGACUUCGUAAAAUUCAAAAGACAUUAACGGCAUUAAUCAAAUACGAACGAAUCGAGUUAUAUUACAACAGGGCCGACGAAACUAGAGGUUAUGUGGAACUGUUGAUAAAUGAAGCGAUACGCAAUGGCCCCACACAUAAAGAGACAAUGGACAUGGCUAAUUUUUGGAUAGCUGAAAAGCAACUAGUGCAUAAACUGUUUAAGGUUCUUGUGCCAAGAUACCAAAACUACACAAUCUCAUUUACAAAACUUCAUAAGGCACCAAAUAUCUAUCCCGGAUGUCCAUACGAAAGAGCAGUCUUAGAACUUAGAGGUAAUAUAUAUCCAAACUUAGAACAAUAUAAUCCAUGUGAACGAAAUUUACUUCACAAUAUACUUCUUGAUGCAGCGAAGAAGGAAUAUAGAAUGGAGAAGUACAAGGAGAUUGCAGAAAAUAUAAAAGAGGAACAGAGAACGUAAAAUAGGAACAGAGUAGAAGGAGGUAUUUUUAAGUGACACAAUUGUACACAGUACCUUAGUUCAAAGCAAACUUUAUUAAAACAAAAGUGCAAAAUUA